GCAUAUUAGAUGAGAGCUCAGUCAUCAUCUUUUUAGGGUUGAUGACACCCAGGGGCAGUGGGUAUAAAAAAGGUUUCGUCCAUUUCCUCAGUCCAUGUUUUGCUGAACACAGUCACUGUACCAAAGCAAUUCAAGCCCUAGACUAGCUUCCAGUGUAUAUCUCUCUCUCCCUCCCGCUCUAUCGCUCUCAUAGAAAUGCCUCCGAAGGCUGCCAAAUCGAAGGAAGCACCUGCCGAGAGGCCCAUCCUUGGACGCUUCUCAUCUCACCUCAAGAUUGGGAUUGUUGGAUUGCCGAAUGUGGGAAAAUCUACUCUUUUUAAUACACUCACAAAGUUGUCGAUACCAGCAGAGAACUUCCCUUUUUGUACCAUUGAGCCCAAUGAGGCUCGAGUUUAUGUUCCUGAUGAGCGAUUUGAAUGGCUUUGUCAAUUGUACAAGCCAAAGAGCGAGGUAUCAGCUUUCUUAGAAAUCCAUGACAUAGCUGGACUUGUUCGAGGUGCUCAUGAAGGACAAGGAUUGGGGAACAGCUUUUUAUCUCAUAUUCGUGCAGUUGACGGCAUUUUCCAUGUUUUACGUGCCUUUGAAGAUCCUGAUAUCAUCCAUGUUGACGACUCUGUGGAUCCUGUGAGAGAUUUAGAGGUUAUUACUGAAGAAUUGCGUCUCAAGGACCUUGAGUUCAUGGAAAAGAAGAUUGAGGACAUUGAAAAGAGCAUGAAGAGGAGCAAUGACAAGCAGUUGAAGAUAGAGCUUGAGCUGUGUCAAAGGAUCAAAACAUGGCUUGAAGAGGGAAAAGAUGUCCGUCUGGGGGACUGGAAAGCUGCGGAUAUUGAGAUACUGAAUACUUUUCAAUUGCUUUCUGCUAAGCCUGUUGUUUACUUGGUUAACAUGAAUGAGAAAGAUUAUCAAAGAAAAAAGAACAAGUUUCUUCCAAAAAUUCAUACAUGGGUGCAGGAGCAUGGAGGUGAGCCAAUUAUCCCUUUCAGCUGUGCGUUAGAGAGAAAUCUUGCUGAUAUGCCUGCAGAUGAAGCCGCAAAGUAUUGCGAGGAGAACAAACUACAAAGUGCCCUUCCAAAGAUCAUAAAGACUGGAUUCGCAGCUAUAAACCUCAUAUACUUUUUUACAGCUGGCCCUGAUGAGGUCAAAUGUUGGCAAAUUCGACGGCAGAUAAAGGCUCCUCAGGCUGCAGGGACAAUUCAUACUGAUUUUGAAAAAGGCUUCAUCUGUGCUGAGGUGAUGAAGUUCGAUGAUCUAAAGGAACUUGGCACUGAAGGGGCUGUUAAGGCUGCUGGGAAGUAUAGGCAGGAAGGGAAGACGUAUGUGGUCCAAGAUGCAGACAUCAUAUUUUUCAAGUUCAAUGUGUCUGGUGGUGGGAAGAAGUGAGAUAUACACACUAAUUAAAACUUUUAAGAUGGAAUUGUGUUGAGAAGUUUUGAGUAUACAAGUUCAUCAUUGUUUUCCGUUGACUUGCUCUACGAAGAAAAUUUUUACUGUAUCGUGUUUUGCUGUUGUAGUUAUUUUCUGUUCAUACUUAAAGAUCCCCUACUAUAGUUGGCCACUUGGAAUACCAUGAAUCUAUUUCUCAAAACUCGAUUAAGAAGAAGUUGAGAGAGCAGGUUCAGUUUAUCGAUAAUGAUAAUGUGGUUAUGCUUGUC